CCUCCAUCACCGUGGAAACACUGCCCUGAGCCACUUCCCACAGGCCUUCCGGAAGCCGCCCCUCAGAGCCUUCUCGAAAAAUGCCAGACAAGUGCACACUGCCCCUGCUCGAGCCUUGUUCCGGUUGCGCCCCCUGCCCAUUCUGGUUUUGACUGGCGGCGGCGGGUACGCGGGUUACCGGCAGUAUGAGAAGUAUAGGGAGCAAGAGCUGGAGAAGCUGGGAUUGGAGAUUCCGCCCAAACUCGCAGGUCCCUGGGAGUCCCUGCUCCGCCCAGUGGUCUCCGAGCCGAGGGCCGAGGAAGCGGCCCACCAGCCACCGUCGAGCAGUGACAGCCCCGCUCCUGGGGGGAAGGGCGGAAGGAGGAGGAACAAAGGCGCCCGGGCUGGCGCCGCCUCCCUGCCCGCCCACCAUGUGUCAGUCAGAGGCGAGGCGAGGGCCGGAGCUCAGCUCGGCGAAAUGGUUGCACUUCCCCCAGCUGGCCCUGCGACGGAGGCUGGGACAGCUGAGCUGCAUGUCCAGACCCGCGCUGAAACUGCGCUCCUGGCCCCUGGCGGUCCUCUACUACCUCCUGCCCUUCGGUGCCCUCAGGCCGCUCAGCCGGGUGGGAUGGAGGCCCGUGAGCAGGGUGGCGUUGUACAAGUCGGUGCCCACGCGCUUGCUGUCGCGGGCCUGGGGUCGCCUUAACCAGGUGGAGCUGCCACACUGGCUGCGCAGGCCGGUCUACAGCCUGUACAUCUGGACCUUCGGGGUGAACAUGAAGGAGGCGGCCGUGGAGGACCUGCACCACUACCGCAACCUCAGCGAGUUCUUCCGGCGCAAGCUGAAGCCGCAGGCCCGGCCCGUGUGCGGCCUGCACAGCGUGAUCAGCCCGUCAGAUGGGAAGAUCAUCAACUUCGGGCAGGUGAAGAACUCGGAGGUGGAGCAGGUGAAGGGCGUCACCUACUCGCUGGAGGCCUUCCUGGGCCCUCGAACCUCCGUGGAGGACCUGCCCUUCCCACCAGCCGCCUCCCACUCCUUCCGGAGCCAGCUGGUCACCCGAGAAGGGAACGAGCUCUACCACUGCGUCAUCUACCUGGCCCCCGGGGACUACCACUGCUUCCACUCGCCCACCGACUGGACCGUGUCCCACCGGCGCCACUUCCCAGGCUCCCUGAUGUCUGUGAACCCCGGCAUGGCCCGCUGGAUCAAAGAGCUCUUCUGCCACAACGAGCGGGUGGUCCUGACCGGGGACUGGAAACACGGCUUCUUCUCGCUGACAGCCGUGGGGGCCACCAACGUGGGCUCCAUCCGCAUCUACUUUGACCGGGACCUGCACACCAACAGCCCGCGGUACAGCAAGGGCUCCUACAACGACUUCAGCUUCGUGACCCAGGCCAACAGGGAGGGCAUCCCCAUGCGCAAGGGCGAGCACCUGGGCGAGUUCAACCUGGGCUCCACCAUCGUGCUCAUCUUCGAGGCCCCCAAGGACUUCGACUUCAAGCUGAAAGCGGGACAGAAAAUCCGGUUUGGGGAGGCCCUGGGCUCCCUCUAGGGCCUCUCCCAGCCGCCGCCGCUGAGGGACCUAAACAGAAAUGGGCGAGUUUUUGAGGGGAACCUCCUCAGCUGUCUGGAGGGGACUCUCAGGACCAGGGGUCUGACCAGGCAGGACCUGGGUGACUUCUGCUCCUGCUGUCCCAGAGGAGUGGGCGAGGCCAGAGCCGGUAAUGCCCAAGACAUCCGUCAUCCCCUCUGCUCACCCUAAAGAGAAAGUAAGUGUGGGGCUGGUCAGAUUCCCUUCCCGAGAAGUUUAACCCCAUUUGCAUAAACCAGAGCCCUGCCUCCUGGCUGAGCGUCCUCUGGUCUCGGUUUGUUAAGAGGGUAAGUGGCACUGCACCUUUUCGCUGCUCCUCCCAUCACUACUUUUGGCCUCCCCUCCCGACAGGUGCCUCCUGGCACUGACUGGGCCCGCCUGCCCCGCGCAGGACCACCAGCCUGUAACGUAACUCCUUUGUUUCCAAACACGGCCCCCCUGCUCACCGGGAGGCCUUCUUCACACUGGGGGCGACUCAGCCAGGUUUGACGAGACAAGGAGCUUUGCAGACCUGUCGAGGCCGGUUCCUGAACCCCGACUCUGUCCCCCGUGAAUGGGGCAGGCAGGUAGUCAUGGCCACACGGGCUAGGGGAGAACUGGGUCUCUCUCCCCAAGAUCCAGCCCUCCAUAAGUAGGGGAAGUUGCUGCUGUUGGUUCGGGGGCGUAUGCGGGAGGCAGAGGAGCCCUGGUGCACUGGGUGGAAGGCAGGGCCGGUGCCUAGAAACCCUGUCCCAAGGGUGGGCAUGCGUCCUUGGGGAGCCACCGAGAUGGCCCAGGGUUCCCGGCUCCUGGGGACUCCGCAUUUCUCCUGCAGGAGAAGCCAUUUGAACUUUUCAACUGUAUCAGUAGCACAGUAUUUUUGUAUGAAAAGUGGGAGACUUCUGAACAGUGAUUCAUGUAAUUGCAACAUUUUGAAAUAAUUAAAA